AUGGGCUACCUCGAGUCGAAGAACUUUAUCCACCGCGACCUGGCGGCCCGAAAUAUCCUCGUCUCGCACGCGAACGCCGUCAAGAUUGCCGAUUUCGGGCUGGCGAGGCUGUUGCUGAAGGAGGCCGAGUACGAAGCACACCCCGGCGCACGGUUCCCAAUUAAGUGGACAGCCCCCGAGGCCGCCAACUUCAACAAGUUCACCACCAAGUCGGACGUAUGGAGCUUCGGCAUUCUUCUCACCGAGAUGGUGACGUUUGGACGGAUACCGUACCCAGGGAUGACGAAUGCGGAAGUGUUGCAACAAGUCGAGCAGGGCUACCGCAUGCAGUGUCCGCCGAAUUGCCCGCCCCCGCUCUACGAUAUUAUGCUUCAGUGCUGGCGUGCCGAUCCGGGAGCUGGCCGACUUGUUCGAGACGCUGGAAUGGCGACUGGAGGAGCUGUUCUCCUUUCGAUGGCUCCGAAUAUAAAGAAGCGGCCCUUUCCUAUUGACACCUCGUUCCAAGCGUUGGAUCACGACGACUAUUUACGGCAAAUGGUGCGGUCC